UGUUUAUUUACAUACACGAGCAUGUCUCAUUUCAUGUUAUCUAAAUUUUCUUUUCAGCUAAGCACUUCAGUAACGUUCUAAACUCCAUUGAUUGCACAGUAAUUUUCUUAACGCUGCCUGCUGUAUAAUCCGUUCACACAUGCUGUACGUGGGGGGUUUCUCAUGUCGGUGCAUGAGCGGACGUGGUCAUUACAGCAUCCUCUCAAGCACUCAGGGCUCCACUCAUGUUCUUUGCCAUCCUCUUGGGUGGGUCAGCCUAUCUCCUUCUGGCCUCACGCUCCUCUCUUGUUACUGUAUGUUUGCAAGUGUCAUAGGACAUAGAACAAAAGAAUUCACGCGGCUGGGUGCUCCGUGUUCUGCCGUGUGUGUUUUUACAUGAAGAUCACAUUUUUAAUCGAAGGAACAAUCUGGACGUUGUCCGUUGUGUCAUUUUUUCCACUCAGAUCCGUGGAUCCAGAGGCAAAGAUGGCGAAGUCAGAGAUGUUUGGCUUCUCCCUGGAGACGGACGACAGGACGGAGGAGGAGAGAUCACGGCAAAAGGCGAAGACGUCCGGUUUCAGUCGGGGGCAGGAGGCCCCGAAGGCCCCCAUGGACACGGAUUACCAGGAAGAAAUGGAGGCGACCAAGCCUCAAAUCAGAUUCAACCUCAACUUUGACAAAGGGAUUCGAGGUAAAGCGCAGACCGACGCGAAGGCCGACAGCAGGAGGUUUGACAUCGACAGGCUGUUUGAGGCGGUGGCCAGCGGGGACGUGAGGCGCCUGGACGGCCUGCACCAGUACCUGCACCAGAACAUGAAGAAGCUCUCCGACAGCUUAUAUCAGUCUUACGGCAAAACGGCCCUGAUGAAAGCGCUGCUGCAUCUCAAAAAGGACACCAACACCAACACCAGCACCAACCCGACCGUGGACCUGUUGAUCGACAUCUCCGAGAAGUUGGGAGACAUACAGGAGUUCGUGAACGCGGCCUACACCAGCGUCUAUUACAAAGGCCAAACGGCGCUUCACAUCGCCAUUGAAAGGCGGAGCCUCCGCUACGUGAAGCUGCUGGUCAGCAAGGGGGCCGACAUUCACGCCCGAGCCUGCGGGACAUUCUUCCAGCAACAUGACGGCCCCAGCUUCUACUUUGGCGAGCUGCCUCUGUCUCUGGCCGCCUGCACCAACCAGUCCGACAUCGUGGACUUCCUGCUGGACAACGAGUACCAGCGGGCCAACCCGAAGCUGGUGGACUCCCAGAACAACACGGUGCUGCACGCGCUGGUGGUGCUGGCCGACAACUCCGAGGAGAACACGGCGUUCGUCACCAGCAUGUACGACCGCGUGCUGACGACGGCGGCGCGGCUGUACCCGAAGGUGAAGCUGGAGGACGGCGAGAACCACAUGGGCCUCACGCCGCUCAAGCUGGCCGCCAAGACGGGCAAGAUAGGGAUAUUUUCUCACAUCCUCAAACGGGAGUUUCUGGACAACGGCACUAAACACUUGUCCCGCAAGUUCACCGAGUGGGUCUACGGGCCCGUCCACUGCUUCCUUUACGACCUGGCCUCCGUGGAUUCACACGAGGACAACUCGGUCAUGGAGAUUCUGAUCUACAGCUGCGAGAUCCCCAACCGCCACGAGAUGCUCCAGAAGGAGCCUCUGAACCGGCUGCUGGAGGAGAAGUGGACCAAGUUCGCGGGUCAGAUGUUCGGCUUCCACUUCCUGGUCUACUUCCUGUACCUGAUCCUCUUCACUGUGGUGGCGUACAACAAGAAGGACACAGAGCCACCGUUCCCCAUAGAAAACACCACAGCAGACAUCCUGUAUGCUGUAGGCCUGCUGGCGACAACAGUGGCAAACAUCUAUUUCUUUGUGGUAGGGAUCAUAGACAUGAGGAGGAAGCAUCCAAAACUCCAGACUAUGAUGAUUGAUGGGUAUUAUGAGAUUCUUUUUUUUGUGCAGGGGAGCCUCUUCCUCAUCUCAGCCGCACUGUACUGGGGCGGGAGGUACGAGUACCUGGGCUUCCUGGUGACGUGUCUGGCUCUCAGCUGGAUCAACCUGCUCUACUACUCCAGGGGCCUCGAACACAUGGGCAUCUACAGCGUCAUGAUACAGAAGAUGAUCCUCAGUGACAUCCUGCGCUUCCUGUUUGUUUACGUCGUCUUCCUCUUUGGAUUUUCUGCAGCGGUGGUCACCCUGCUCAUAGAGCCCCCAGUGAAAAACAACACGGUGAACCGGCAGCCCCGCGAUUCCCUGUUUACAGCCACUGGCCCCGAGGAUCAGUGCGUCAAACCCACCUUCAGGAACAUCUCCUACACCACGCUGGAGCUCUUCAAGUUCACCAUCGGCAUGGGCGACAUGGAGUUCACCGAGGACUACAAGUACAAGGAGGUGUUCUACAUGCUGCUCAUCGGCUACAUCAUCCUCACCUACAUCCUGCUGUUCAACAUGCUCAUCGCCCUCAUGAACCGCACCGUGGAGAACAUCACCAUGGAGAGCACCACCAUCUGGAAGCUGCAGAGGGCCAUCACCAUCCUGGACAUGGAGAAGAGGCUGCCCAGGUGUCUGAGGAAGGCGUUCCGCUGUGGGGUGGAUAAAACCCUCUACACUGCUCUCGGAGCCGAUCGACGACGGUGCUUCAGAGUGGAGGAAGUCAACUGGAACCAGUGGAACACGAACCAGGGCAAAAUCAACGAGGACCCCGGCUGCUGCGAUUACAGCCAAAAUCCCGACUCGGACAGGAGCAGACCACAGAGAGGGAGGAGCUGGAGAGGUCUGUUCACAGAGAGCAGGAGGCGACAGCAGGCAGAGUCCACAGAGAUGACUCCUAUGAGCACCACACCAGUGUGAAGAGACAACAGAGCCCCACUGACCUGAGCAAUGAGGCAUUCAGACCUCCAGACAGCGAUGAACAGCCAGUGUGACUGACUGAAAACAGUGUCAGGUUGAUUUGGAACGUAGCCUUAGAAGAAAUAUGACAAAUACACUGUGGAUAUCUAUGUGACUGACACCUUAUCAAUUAGUGCUGCUUAAAUUCAAUGAAGUGGCGCCUGUGAAGAAGAAGCGUUCAUCCGGAGUGCUGUGCAGAAGUUACCCCCAGCCCCUGAACAGGAAGCACAUCCUCUCUGAACAAAGGGCUACAACCUGCUGGCACCUCAGACAUCGCAGUAACACUUAUCAGAGAGGCUCCGAUCCUGCCCCACACAGGCAGCCAAGCUGGAUCUGCUGCGGCCAGAUAGUCCUGCAGAUUUCACAGCUCACUUUGUCUGCGCUCCUUCCUGUAUCUGUUUGGCCAAGGGAGGCUCAGAUAAGUGGCAUGAAGACACACAUACAAAUGAUGCGGUUCACGGGGACCUUCUGGACCAUUAACCUCCUUGUUAGGAGGAUAAAGUAAGCCAAGAGUCUCACGGGAACCCCCCUAUAGAGGAGCUAUUGAACCCAAGCUUGUGUGAACUCUAAAUAUCAUGAUAAAUGUUCAGACGUGUU